AUGAAAGCGAUUUACAAACUUCCGGAAUUCUUUCGAUCUACUGGAUAUCGCAACCCGGAUGAUGCGACUGCCGGUCCUUUUCAGUUCGCCUAUGAAACUUCUCAACACUGGUUCCAAUGGGUGUCAGAUCGUCCGGCAGUAUGCCAGCAGUUCAAUCACCAUAUGAGCGCAUAUCAUCAAGGUCGGCCGAGUUGGAUGGAUCAUGAAUUUUAUCCUGUGGAGAAUGACCUUCUCAACCUCGUGAAGCCCGGUCCAAACACUGUCCUCUUGGUAGAUAUCGGUGGUGGGUUCGGCCAUGACCUACAAAAAUUUCGUCAAAAGCAUCCGUCGGCCCCGGGAAGACUAAUUGUGCAAGAUAAGGCCGAUGUAAUUCGACAAGGUCCUAUCGAACUGGAAAAGGUCGAGUUCAUGGCUCAUGACUUCUUUACGGAACAACCUAUCAAAGGUCUGAAUGAGCUCCUCGUUCCAUCGGCACCCACUAACUUUGUACAGGUGCAAGGGCGUACUAUCUUCACUCAGUCCUACAUGAUUGGCCUGAUGCAGAAUGCCGGCGUAUCCUAUGACAUAUCUCGGAUGCAAUGGCCCCCGGAUAUAGCAAACUACUCAUCAACGAGAACGUUGUCCCUAACCAAAAAGCAGACUAGCAAGUUACCAAGCUAG